AUGUUUCACUCGCUUACGAAGCUUUUGCUUCUUGGCCUGUCGCUGAAGUCUGCUUUAACGGCAGCAGCGGCAGUUCCAAAUACACAGUUAACCGAUUCCUUGCAAAGAAGGAAUGUGCAGUGCUCAGACUUUGGGCCUCAAUGUCCCGAUCUCAACUUUGACUGGCAUGCGCUGAUAUCGGACAUAAUGCCUUACUCCAUGGACUUGUUGUCUGUUGAAUGGAUGGGCUCAAACACAUACGAGGUUAGCAUUCGCGUCCAAGGUCAGGAAUUCAUUGAUCUCAAGUACCUAUGGUCGCUGAAGAUCAUUGGUGUCCAAGGUCCACAGGGUACUGUUCAAUUGUACGGUAAGAACGAGAACGUCUUCUUGAUCGACAACCCAACGGACUACGUCGCUACUUUCCAAGUCUACGGUCAACCUGAUCCAAGUGAUCCUUGCAAGGUGUUGAUGCCAAACUUCCAAAUUCAAUACGAAUAUAUGCAAGGCGAUUGUGCUGCCUUUUGGGAUUUUUGGAUCUGGGGUGCAACUAGCUUCGAUUUGAUGACUGGCUGUGGUCAUGACAACUUCAACAAUGCUAACAGUGACUUCCCACAGUUUUACUGGUCCAAACAAUGUCAACCAUGUGGAGGGGCUUCUGGCUCGAGCGCCUUAACUUCUACUUCUGGUACCUCAAAGACUUCGGGUAUCGCAAGUUCCAGGUCGAGCAACCCAAGCACCCUAUCUUCAAUUGCAUCAUCUAAGGCAAGUGCAACAUCGAGUGCUUCGACUGGCUCGACCAGUGCGCAGGCGGCCAGUAGUGUAACGAGGACUAGUUCGUUCUCUGCACCAGCUUCUAAGACUAGUGAUCUAUCGACAGUUCUCAAAUCGGCCAGCAGGCUGACAGGGACUGGUGUAUCUUCCAUUUCAUCUUCUAAGCCGACCGGCCCAUCCUCUGGUGCAACCUCUGCUGUGUCUUCCAAGCCAAGUGGCCCACCCUCUGGUGCAUCCUCUGGAGCAUCAUCUAAGCCAAGUGGCCCAUCCUCUGGUGCAACCUCUGGUGUGUCUUCCAAGCCAAGUGGAACAUCGAGUGUUCCUUCCGGGUCUACCAGUGGCCAAGGUGCCAGCGAUGUUACAAGAACUGGAGCAUCCUCUGGGGCAUCAUCUAAGCCGACCGGCCCAUCCUCUGGAGCAACCUCUGGUGUGUCUUCCAAGCCAAGUGGCUCAUCCUCUGGUGCAACCUCUGGAGCAUCUUCCAAGCCAAGUGGAACGUCGAGUGUUCCUUCCGGGUCUACCAGUGGUCAAGGUGCCAGCGAUGUCACAAGAACUGCAGCAUCCUCUGGAGCAUCAUCUACGCCAAGUGGCUCAUCCUCUGGUGCAACCUCUGGAGCAUCUUCCAAGCCAAGUGGAACAUCGAGUGUUCCUUCCGGAUCAACCAGUGGCCAAGGUGCCAGCGAUGUUACAAGAACUGGAGCAUCCUCUGGAGCAUCAUCUACGCCAAGUGGAACAUCAUCUGGAGCAACCUCUGCUGUGUCUUCCAAGCCAAGUGGAACAUCCUCUGGUGCAACCUCUGGAGCAUCUUCCAAGCCAAGUGGAACAUCGAGUGUUCCUUCCGGGUCUACCAGUGGCCAAGGUGCCAGCGAUGUUACAAGAACUGGAGCAUCCUCUGGGGCAUCAUCUAAGCCGACCGGCCCAUCCUCUGGAGCAACCUCUGGUGUGUCUUCCAAGCCAAGUGGCUCAUCCUCUGGUGCAACCUCUGGAGCAUCUUCCAAGCCAAGUGGAACAUCGAGUGUUCCUUCCGGGUCCACCAGUGGCCAAGGUGCCAGCGAUGUUACAAGAACUGGAGCAUCCUCUGGGGCAUCAUCUAAGCCGACCGGCCCAUCCUCUGGAGCAACCUCUGGUGUGUCUUCCAAGCCAAGUGGCUCAUCCUCUGGUGCAACCUCUGGAGCAUCUUCCAAGCCAAGUGGAACAUCGAGUGUUCCUUCCGGGUCCACCAGUGGCCAAGGUGCCAGCGAUGUCACAAGAACUGCAGCAUCCUCUGGAGCAUCAUCUACGCCAAGUGGCUCAUCCUCUGGUGCAACCUCUGGAGCAUCUUCCAAGCCAAGUGGAACAUCGAGUGUUCCUUCCGGGUCUACCAGUGGCCAAGGUGCCAGCGAUGUCACAAGAACUGCAGCAUCCUCUGGAGCAUCAUCUACGCCAAGUGGCUCAUCGUCUGAUGCAACCUCUGGUGUGUCUUCCAAGCCAAGUGGCUCAUCCUCUGGUGCAACCUCUGGAGCAUCUUCCAAGCCAAGUGGAACGUCGAGUGUUCCUUCCGGGUCUACCAGUGGCCAAGGUGCCAGCGAUGUCACAAGAACUGCAGCAUCCUCUGGAGCAUCAUCUACGCCAAGUGGCUCAUCCUCUGGUGCAUCCUCUGGAGCGUCAUCUACGCCAAGCGGCCCAUCCUCUGGUGCAACCUCUGCUGUGUCUUCCAAGCCAAGUGGAACAUCCUCUGGUGCAACCUCUGGAGCAUCUUCCAAGCCAAGUGGAACAUCGAGUGUUCCUUCCGGGUCCACCAGUGGCCAAGGUGCCAGCGAUGUCACAAGAACUGGAGCAUCGUCUGCACCAUCUUCUGCAUCAUCUUCCCCAUCUCGAGCUUCAAGCUACAGCUUCUCGACUGUCACAACCACCAAGGACGGUGUCACGACUGUUUAUACGACCACAUGUCCCAUCAGCGAGAGCAAGAGCUCCGGAAGUACAGAAACUCCAUCGACGGUCACAACAAUCACGACCACGAUCAGCGGCGUGACGACUGUUUACGCCACAACUUGCCCUCUAACCGAGAUGCCAGUUACGGGAAAGACCUUGACAGCCACCACCGCGGCCACAACUUCGAACGGCAAGGGGUUAAGCUAUACUACGGAAGCUCCAGUGAAUACGGUUGAAUUCUCAUCGACAAUUAGCACUGUGACCACGACUUCUAGCGGUAAACCGAUCGUCUACACCACACAAGUUCCAGUUAAUAAAAAUGGCGCUGUAUCCACCGACAGCACCGUUACCACCACUUCUAACGGCAAAGAGAUUGUCUACAUCACUGAGGUCUCAGCCAGCCAGACUGGCGGUACAUCUACCGUCAGCACCGUAACAACGACUUCUAAUGGCAAGCAGAUCAUCUACACCACGAGUGUCCCCGUCACCGGAGCUAGCGCUGCAUCCACUGUCAGCACCGUCACCACGACUUCUAACGGCAAGGAGACCGUCUACACCACGAACGUCCCAGCCAGCCAGACUGGCGCUGCCUCUACGGUCACUACUGUGACGACGACUUCUAACGGCAAGGAGACGGUGUACACUACGAACGUCCCAGCCAGCCAGACUGGCGGUGGAUCUACUGUCAGCACCGUAACAACCACUUCAAACGGCGUCACUACUGUUUACACGACCACUUGCCCUCUAAGUGAAGUGUCAGCCACAGGAGGGCCUUCGACAGUCACCACCGUGACAACGACUUCUAACGGCAAGGAGACGGCCCACACUACGAGCGUUCCCGUCACUGAAGCUAGCGCUGCAUCCACUGUCAGCACCGUCACCACGACUUCUAACGGUAAGGAGACGGCCUACACCACCAACGUUCCCGUCACUGAAGCUAACGCUGCAUCCACUGUCAGCACUGUGACGACGACUUCUAACGGCAAGGAGACGGCCCACACUACGAGCGUUCCCGUCACUGAAGCUAGCGCUGCAUCCACUGUCAGCACCGUCACCACGACUUCUAACGGUAAGGAGACGGCCUACACCACCAACGUUCCCGUCACUGAAGCUAACGCUGCAUCCACUGUCAGCACGGUCACCACGACUUCUAACGGCAGGGAGACGGCCUACACUACGAGCGUUCCCGUCACCGAAGCUAACGCUGCAUCAGCAGCCGUGACCACGAAUCAGAACGCUGGCACAGCUCCAACCGCCGGCACCGCCGAGUCCACGACAACGCUCGCCCCAUCGGGCGUCCAGUCGACCACUGGCACUCAGCAGACCGCCGCCGCGUCGCUACAGCCAUACAAAGGCGCUGCCAAGAAGCUCAGCGUGAACGCAGCAGCUCUGCUUCUCGCUGUCCCACUACUCUUCCUAUAA